GGUGGUAUGAACCCUAGAGCAUGUGAUGUUAUAUGCGCCGUUCUCUCGGCGCGCUGCCAUACCACUGGCUUGUUGUCCCGACCGUUUUGAGUGGAAGUUCCUUCGAGAGUGUGUCAAAUAGUCUUAUCAAAGAAAACGACGAUGUCUCUGACAGAUGUAAUGGAAGAUGUUGACUACAAAAGGAAGAACUUUAACCGUGACGAUGUCCUGUACCGCCACCCGCUGCACAUGACGGAGGCGCACUUUGUGUAUCACCUGUCACGUGAUCCUGAAGGUCAUCUGACCUGCAACAAGGACGGCAAUGGCGAGUUCAUCUGUUCUCCGAGACAUCUCAAACAGUUGUGUAUGCACAGACUGGUUAUCAACCCAGCAAGGAUGCAGAAAUUCAAAUAUCACGAACUUCCCCACGAUAUCUACCCUGCACUGCUGAGUGAAGCCAUUUUCCAGAGGGAACUACAAGCCAUCACAUUUUUUGUUUCCACAUGGCCUCAUAAGGUGCUAGACAUUCAGAGUAUCGUUCCCCAGGAAGACAUACUGAGGUCAGGCUACUUGACCCGACCUGUGGAAGGUCAAGGCAGCAUGUCACUGGUCGACAGUGUUAUCAUGGGACUCUUAAACAUUAAACCUCACGCCAAGUUACAGACUGUGAAUUUCAUUGGAUUUAAAAAUGAUCGGAAGCUGUGUCGAGAGUUGACACGACUCCCCAUGUUGUGGCUGAACCCAAGUGACAGACAGGCUGGCUACAUCCACAGCCUCCUCCGUAGAUCCAUCAAUCUGUCCAAAGACAAAGUACAACGCUACCUCAACAGAAUCGGUUGUAUCUACUCCUUACUGGACCCUUGCUUCCGCCAUGGCAACAAGAUUGGUCCUAUAACCAUCCUGAUUGACUGCAAGAUAACCCUGGACGAUGUGCCGAUUGGCCUGGCGCUGCAGUACGAGACCCCGUUCAGGUUCGCCUGCAAGAGACUGUGGAUGGAGCCCAUCCUGGAGGUGGUGCUGCCCCCGAAUGUCAUCAACAGGGUGCUAGAUCCUCGGCACAUCACCCACUUCGAGUUGACGGACGAGAACUUAUGCUCUGACCUGACAAAGUUUGACCUUGUCCUUGAGGGCCUCUUGCUGCUGCCAGGCUUACAAGCCUUGAGCCUCCACAACAGCUUACAUACCAAUCUCCAUGGCAACGCAGCCUACGAGCUCAACCAGACCCUACAGCAGAUGAACCAGCUCCGCAAACUCAACUUCUCCUCGUGUACUCUCCGGGACAACCUGGACACCCUCCUGAGCAACCUGGCAAUGCCCCUCAUCUACCUGAACCUGCGGGACUGCCGCCUCACCACGAUGGACAUGCAGUUCCUGUACCAGUGGCAGCCCAUUGAAGGCCUGCAGGAGCUCAACCUCAGCCGGAACAAUCUCAAAGCGGUUGCUUUACUGACUGUCGGCUUCCUCCAAAAGAUGCCUAAAAUUGCCUGUUUCUCGGUCUCUUAUUGCUGUUUCUCCCCCAUUGCUUUGAAACAGGUCACCCGAAGAUGUGUUGACUGUUCUCAUUUGAAGAUUAUUGGACUCCAGGCCUUUACACCGCCUCCGCUGCCGGAUCUUCGGGAGAUGCUUGAGGAUUGUGCAAACAUUCCAACGCUUCAGAGAUGCAGUCUGUUGCCAGAGGCUUACGCCUUCCCUGGUUGUAAUGAGGUCAUGAGGGCCGCCAACAGGGAGGGCAUCUUGAACAUCUGUUGCCAGUUGCUGGACGAGAUGGGCAGGACGGACAUUGAGUUGGAAUGAGGAUGGGUGGAGCUGGAGGCUUUAUUCAUCUGGGUGAGAGGGAAUACAGGUGGUGCUGGACACAGGGAGGUCCUGUGAAGAUGUUCACUGUAACCUUGGGUCUCUGAUAUUGGGACAUUGUUGGGACUCUGAUGUCCGAUCUGGAGUGUUGAAGCACCUUGGGACAUUGUUGGGAGUAGGGUGUCUGACAUUGGGAUAGUGUUUGGAGUAAGGUGUCUGAUAUUGGGACAUUGUUGGGACUGAUGUCCGAUCUGGUGGGUCGAAGCACCUUGGGACAUUGUUGGGAGUAGGGUGUCUGAUAUUUUGACAUUGUUGGGACUCUGAUGUCUGAUCUGGAGUGUUGAAGCACCUUGGGACAUUGUUGGGACUAGGUGCUUUGAUCAGGAGGGUUGAAGCACCUUGGGCCAGGGAGGUAUUGGUACAUUGUUUAGAGUUGUGUCUCUGAUCUGGUGUGUAAGAACACAGUGAUACGUUGUUAGGAGUUAGGUCUCUGAUCUGGUGGGUUAGAACACAGUGAUACGUUGUUAGGAGUUAGGUCUCUGAUCUGGUGGGUUAGAACACAGUGAUACAUUGUUGGGAGUUGUGUCUCUGAUCUGGUGUGUAAGAACACAGUGAUACGUUGUUAGGAGUUGGGUCUCUGAUCUGGUGGGUUAGAACACAGUAAUACAUUGUUGGGAGUUGGGUCUCUGAUCUCUGAUCUGGUGGGUUAGAACACAGUGAAAUAUUGUUGGGAGUUGGGUCUCUGAUCUGGCGGGUUAGAACACAGUGAUACAUUGUUGGGAGUUGUGUCUCUGAUCUGGUGGGUUAGAACACAGUGAUACAUUGUUCGGAGUUGUGUCUCUGAUCCGUUGGGUUAGAACACAGUGAUACAUUGUUGGGAGUUGUGUCUCUGAUCUGGCGGGUUAGAACACAGUCAUACAUUGUUGGGAGUUGGGUCUCUGAUCUGGUGGGUUAGAACACAGUGAUACAUUGUUUGGAGUUAGGUCUCUGAUCUGGUGGGUUAGAACACAGUGAUACAUUGUUGGGAGUUGUGUCUCUGAUCUGGUGGGUUAGAACACAGUGAUACAUUGUUGGGAGUUAAGUCUGUGAUCUGGUGGGUUAGAACACAGUGAUACAUUGUUGGGAGUUGUGUCUCUGAUCUGGUGUGUAAGAACACAGUGAUACAUUGUUGGGAGUUAAGUCUGUGAUCUGGUGGGUUAGAACACAGUGAUACAUUGUUGGGAGUUGUGUCUCUGAUCUGGUGUGUAAGAACACAGUGAUACAUUGUUGGGAGUUAAGUCUGUGAUCUGGUGGGUUAGAACACAGUGAUACAUUGUUGGGAGUUGUGUCUCUGAUCUGGUGGGUUAGAACACAGUGAUACAUUGUUGGGAGUUGUGUCUCUGAUCUGGUGGGUUAGAACACAGUGAUACAUUGUUGGGAGUAGGAUCUCUGAUCUGGUAUGUAAGAACACUGUGAAACGUUGUUGGGAGUAGGAUCUCUGAAGUUGCAGUGUGAAGCUCCUUGGCUUCAUAUGUUUGGAGCAAGGAUCAUGAAGUUCCUUGGUUCUGUUUGAAGUCGUUGCAUUGAAUUGAAGUCUGAUUCUUAGGUGAAGACUGUCCCAGAGUUUUGCUGGGAUGUUCUCUCAGGAUGUCCAUUGAAUCCACUGGAGACUUACUGGACUGAAGCUCCAGAGCCAUUGUUGGGUUAAAGAACACCUUCAGUUUGAAUGGAUCUGUUCUAAGGCAUAAGAUUAAGAACUUGUUGAGGGAGAGUCUUGUAAGAUGGUCACAAAUUUAGUGACAGAGAACUAAACCUUUUACCUAAUUUCAUAUAUAUUCAUGGGCCGAACCAUGCUUUGAGGCUAGAUGGGGAUUUAGUCAUGAAUAUGCUAAGAACUCCUGCACAUAGAGCAAAUACCUGUCUGUGGUACUUAUCGUCAAGUCAUUGGAACCAUGUGCGGAUUCCAUGUCAGAAUAGAUACCUCAUGCUUGUCUAAGGUUCAGGCAUGAGGCUGAUUGUUUAUCAUCAUAACCAGUGGAGCGGACUGUGCUCACACUUUCAGUGUCUUGACUUAUAUUGCAGGAAUCCUGAGCAUCUAAAUGUUUUUGUUUGACAGACAUUCUUAGUUAUAGUGACAUAAAACAUCAGGCAACACUAAGAACAGAAUUUCAGGAUUAAUUUUACUUCUUUUCUUUCUAUUUCUUUGAAAUAAGAUUUUGUAAACAACACAGCAUUGUCAUUAUACUAGGUAUGUAUUUUUGUACUUUUGCAAUAAUUAGGGUAGAUUUUAUCAUAAAACAUGAGGGCGGUUGGGUAGCCUAGUGGUUGAAGCGUUCGCUCGUCACGCCGAAGGCCCAGGUUCGAUUCCUGACUUGGGUACAAUGUGUGAAGCCCAUUUCUUUGUGACCCUCAUCGUGAUAUUGCUGGAAUAUUGCUAAAAGUGGCUAAAACCAUACUCACUCACUCAUAAACAUGAAAAUGAAUUGGUGUGGAUGUGAGAAACUAAUCAGAUUUAGCAAAGGACAGUAAAAGCAGGGUGAUUUAGGCUAAAUUGUUUAAAUAGAUCAGAGUGCAUUUGUAUGCAUCUUUCAGGUGUUGCAGUGCAAAGCAGUCAGGAACAAGUCUUGGAUUUCAUUGCAAAAUGUAACACAUUCUGUAGAAGCAAGUUAUUGCUAUAUAUUUUUGACAUAUUCUCGCUAGGCAGGCUGGUAAGUUUUUAUACCUAAUGUUAUAAAGGGAGGGGGCAACUAAAGAAACAUGUCUCCCAGGUCUAUAAUCGACUCAGCAGGGACCAUGGUUUGGGACGUCUGAAUCAUUCAAAUUCUGGACCAUGGGCGAAAUCUGGACCGUGGGGACAGGGGUUACAGUAGGUCACCAGCAACCCAUUCUCAAUCUUAUUAUAAUCAGAUCUUUUAUUCCAAUGCGAUACCUCUCUGCAUGAAAAUCUGACAUUUUCUUGGGAAGCUGUGUCAGAAAUGAGGCUUCUAAUCAGUUUCAAAUCUUCAAUCAGCUCAUCUGAUUUCUGUAACUCGAAAAUAAACUAGAACAAAUAUAGUUGUAGAUAUUUAAGUCUGUCAAAUUAUAUUAUGGAUAUAUACACUCUGUCUUUACUCAUCACCAGUGUCUCCACCCAAUAGGGAUGUACAAUUGAAGGAAUAUUGGUGUUCUGCGUAAGUUUUCUUUUGGACAAAUUCAAAAUUUCCAAAAAUGGCGUAAAGAUAUGAAAUCAAACUGAUUUAGAAAGUUCACAUCUGAUUGGCUCAGGCACCCACGCACCCUUCCUCUUGAUUGGUCAGUCAAAGGUUGCUCAGGGUGCACAACCUUCAAUGGAGGUGUCCUGAGAGCUAUCCACAGUGAGGUAUCGUAUCAGAGUAAAAAUUGUGAUUUCAUUGAGAUUGCCUAUGCCGGUUGAAAGAGGUGACUACAUGGGUGUCCAUCUUCUCAAGGCUAGGGAGUUAGCUAACUGACUAGGCUGGAAUUAUGGAGUUACAAUGUAGCUGAAUUAACGAGUCUAUGCAUAGUCCAUUCAAACUUGCGUAUGGGAAUCGACAUCCGGUUCGUCAACUAACAUGCAGAUUUCGACCGAUUGCAGGAUUUGCAAAGCAUGUGUACUGUACUUGACAUCGAUUUGAUGCACUUCGCAAUCGCAACGUAAGAACGAUUUUUACAUCGAUUGUGUAUUUUGAUUAUCAAUCAGACCUUCUUGACUGUGCACCACCAUUUUGUUUGAAGCAAAUGCAAGUGAUAUGAGAGGUGGAAUCUGAUUGGUCAAUAGUGGGGACAUAGAAGGGCCGUAACUCAUAAUAUCGUUAUAAACUCGUUAUGAUCGAGCCCAGAAAUUCCAGCCUAGUUCGGCAAGGGUGGAACCUGGACUUUUACAGUCAGUUACCUCCCUUGCCUCGGGAAGAUGCGGGUGGUCAGGCUUGGUCGAUUGCGUGUCAUCUCUGCAUUAAACUAAUUUCGCUCUCUCUUGGCCAAAUCAGAUGGCAGUUCUUGAAGACUUGCAAUACUUAUAUUUUUAGUGGACUGUGGGCUAGCCUAGUGGUUGAGACAUGAGUUUCAUUCCCAACAUAUGAACAAUGAGUUGAGUCUUGGUGCCCCAAGACAUUGCUUGAAUAUUGCUAUAGCUGUAUCAUUGAUAGAUAUAUGAACAAGAGCUUAGUCGAACAAUGUUCACAUUCUUAAACAUUCUUUGCAGGGUUCUAAAUAGUUUUGAAGAGAUUAUGGUCAUUACUUACUUAGUUUGUAGGGGGCACAGGUGGCCCAGUGGUCCAAGGCGCUGGGAUUUGAUGUGCAGAGUUGCG